CCUGGUUUUAUGGACUGGAGGUGGCGAUGUCUCCAGGAGAGGACGGUCUGAUCGGGAUCCCCUUCCCGGAGCACAGCAACGAGCUGCUGUCCCACCUCAAUGACCAGCGGAGGACGGGUCUGCUCUGCGACCUCACCCUGACCUCCGGCGGCGCCUGCUACCCCACCCACCGCUCCGUCAUGGCCGCCGUCAGCCUCUACUUCCGCCGCCUGUUUGGGCCGGAGGAGGGCGGCGGCGUGGGCGGGGCGGGCGGGUCCAGCGUCUGCCAGCUGGACUGCGUGUCGCCCGACGCCCUGGACGCCCUGCUGGAGUUCGCCUACACGGCCACGCUGACCAUCCCCAGCUCCGGGAUGAGGGACGUCCUGCGGGGGGCGCAGCUGCUGGGCAUCCAGUGCGUGGCCGACGCCUGCCGCGACAUCCUGGGGGAGACGGUGGAGGCGGAGGAGGAGGCGGAGCAGCAGGGCGGCCAGCGCGGCGUCGCAGAGAGGAUGGUGUCGGGCGACGUCGGCGUGGAGAAACUCUCCAGGAGGAAAACGGACAGAAAGAAGGUGAAGAAGGUCGGGCAGCACCACAUCAGCUGCUCGCCGCUCAGCCUGCUGCCGGCGUCGCCCGUCUCCCACCCGUCACCGGCGUCCGACAGCCUCCGGUCGCUGCCCUCCACCCAGCCGCCCAGCCCCGAGCAGGACGAGCUCCGCCCGCAGCCGGGCCAGAACGGCGACCCGAGGGCGGUCCGAGGGGCCACGCUGAACGGAGGCCACCCCCACUGGCUGCAGGACCGCCCUCGCAUCGCCAGACCGCCGCCCGCCAGCGACAAGCUGUCGGAGGACGACGACAUGGAGGCGUUCGACGGCGCCGUGAUGGGAAACACCUCCUUACCGACGUCCAUGGCCGAUCGAGGAGCGGCGGCGGCGGCGGCGGCGGUGGCGGGAGGCGGCAGGAAGAGGAAGUCUCAGACGCCUCAGCAGUGUCCGGUCUGUCAGAAGAUCAUCCACGGAGCCGGAAAGCUGCCGCGACACAUGAGGACGCACACCGGAGAGAAACCCUUCCAGUGCUCCGCCUGUGGAGUCCGAUUCACCCGGAACGAUAAGCUGAAGAUCCACAUGAGGAAGCACACCGGCGAGCGCCCCUACCCCUGCCCCCACUGCCCGGCCCGCUUCCUGCACUCGUACGACCUGAAGAACCACCUGUCGCUGCACAGCGGGACCCGGCCCUUCGAGUGCCCGCUGUGCCACAAGGCGUUCGCCCGGGAGGACCACCUGCAGCGCCACCGCAAGGGCCACAGCUGCCUGGAGCUCCGGACCCGCCGGCCCCGAGGGGAGACGGGCCGCAGGGAGCAGUCCGACCCCCUGGAGGCGUUCCAGGCCCACUCCUCCGCCUUCCUGCCCCGCUCGGUGCUGGACGGCGGCGGCGGCGGGUCCGGUCCGCCGCUGAUGUUCGACCUGGAGCGAGAGCGGUCCCUGGCGCUGCAGCAGGCCCUGGCCCAGCUCGGGCCCCAGCGGCUGGCCGCCUACCCGGAGCUCUUCCUGCGGGGGCUCCGGGAGUCCGAGGGAGACGACCCGGGAAGGAGAAGCCAGUCGCCGGCCGCCCAGCGAGACCGGUGGGGGGACGAGGUGGAGGAGGACAACAGAGAGGAAGAAGAAGCAGAAGAAGAAGAAUAGCGAGUGUGGUGAAGCAUCCACAGUAAAAAUCAAACUCAGGUGGUUGGACUCUGCAGCGCCGCGUAGAGCGCUUCAACAGAAAAGACAAAAAAAUGUAAAACGGGUUUCAGAGAUAUUUUAAAUGUUCUGGUUGUUUGAUUUCAUUUUAUUCCUCGUUUGCAGUUAUUGUAGGUUUGAUCUCUUUCUUCUCGCUGCUGUGUGUCGAGUGUGUGGUUGGUUACUGGGACGCUUCUCACUAUGCAAACUAAAGACGCAGCGAGGCCACGCGAACGCCGCCCUCUGGUGGUCGGCGGUGGAAUCGCAGUCUGAUCAAUCAAACUGUGCGUCAUUUAGCAAUAAUCUGAUCGACUAGCUGUAGAGUCUCUGCUUUGAUUUGGUGCUUGAACCAAAGAUGUUUUCUUGAACCUUGAGGAGAGGGCGGUGAGCUGUAGCCAACGCUGGGUUCGAAGAGGAGCUUCGUCUCGGCUGUUUACGAAAGAAGCCAUGAUCUGAGUGUUCAGACCAAAAAAAAAAAAAAAGUCUGGAUCAAAGUUAUGUUGAAGACAAUUUCCUUUUUUUUUUUCUUUUCAUUUUUAUUUCCCAGAAGCUGUGGAUUCAGUCUUCCGAUGCACUCAUUUGGGCUCUUUUGUUUGGACAAAACAAAUCAAAGUAAACGGGGUUAACGCGCGGCGGCGGCGGCGGCGGCGUUCCCCUUCCUCUGUAUUUAUUUAUUUAUUGAUAUUUAUUGAGGCUCUUCUGCUGCUUUGUGAGACACAAUCCAGCGUCUGGAUUCAGAUCUUACAGGGAGCUGCAUUGCGCUAAAGGUUUUUUUUUUUUUUGCUCUUUCUGCCUCUUUACAGGCUCGAGUGUCUUCUUUAGGGCGGUUCUUCCUCGAAUGCACUCUUUUGCACAUUGUAAACCCGUCAGGUUCUGCAGUAAAACAGGCACAUUCCACCCGGAGCUGCUGAUGGCGGCUCCACAUGCACAGUACUGUAUCGCUCACGCUCGGGGCCGUUGCUCUUUUCAGUUUGACCAAAAAAACUUCAGCAUUUCCCUCCGAACCCGGCCGCAACGCUCUGAAUCUGUGUUGAAUGGGUCGGGCCUUGCGUGCGCUAUCCGCUCUUCAUCAUGUAGCAGAUCUUUUUUAACUUCCAUUUUAUUUGCACUAUGAGAUUUAAGAGCUUCGAGCUUCUUUUCUUCUUCUCUUCGUCUGACUUUAGUCCAUUAACUUGUUUAAAAUUAUGAUUGAAUAGACUUCUUUGGAACCCACGUACUUCCUCCUGCGUAGUAGAGUUAUAGCUAAAUAUAAUAUAUAUAUAUAUGAAUAUAUAUUGGGAUGAAGUUGCCUUAGUUUUUUGUUUUUUUGUGCUGCAACUAUUCUCAGGAAAUCUUGAGCAAUGCACUAAGUGAUUAACAGAAUCUAAACCGGGGAGUCUGGUGCUGCCGGGCCUCGACGCUCUUCCUGCACACGUGGCGCCGGUACGUCCACGCGCUAGGUUUCAUAGGUUUUGUAUUGAAUCGAAGGCAGAGAACGGACGGUACCGGUCGGUUCUGUGCAGGGAGCGCGCCGCUGCUCCCGGUCAGAGCUUGGUGAAUGAGUGAGUGAAUGAGGGUGAACUGAUGCCAGCUGUGAAGUGUGUUCGCUCGGCUUCGGUGAAGGGACUCGGGGUUCGGUCCGACUAGAGACCCCGCUAUCAGGGAUACAUUUUUGUCUUUCAGUUUUUAGUGGACCUUCUCAGAGAUAUGAAUUCAUUUUCCCAUGAUUUGUUUCAGUUCAUGUAAAGACAAUAAAUAAAGAUAUCUAAGCUUGC